UAACACACACGAACGCGUAACAUUUGCAUUUGCAGAUGGUGAGGAGAAAGAGAAUAAAAACGGGGGGAGAGAGAGAGGCAAAGGCAACACGUCCGCACGCCCGCCGACCACCUCACCACGACGCCUUUCCGCUCGCCUUUCCUCCCCAAAAACGCGGCACGAAGCGAUCCUUCCUUCCUUGUUUCCGAAAAUUCGCCACGAAGAAACACGUACGAAAUCCGCAGGGCAGCUUAGCGUUUUCUUCUUCUCCGAUCCGAUCGGAUUCCCCUGCCCCCGAUCGCGGGAGCUGCCAUGGCAGAAGGCGACGCCUACGCCGCCUCGGCCGCGGCCUCCGCGGCGUCGCCGCGGACCCCCGCGCCGCCGGAGACGCCGUCGACGCAGAAGAGGAGGCAGCGCGGGCUCGUGUCGCGGGUGUGGAAGGGGAUAUUCGGGCGGCGCGAGGACGUCGAGAAGCUGCUCCAGGCGCUCUCCAAGGAGGAGGAGGCCGUGCGCUCCCGCCUCCGCCGCCGCGCCCGCGCCUCCCGCCAGUCCGCCCACAACGUCCUCGCCAUCGCCGCCGCGCUCGAGAUUGCGGCUGUUGGAUAUGCGAUUAUGACUACAAGAUCACCGGACCUCAGCUGGCAGAUGAGAGCAACCCGGGUGCUGCCCAUGUUCCUGAUUCCUGCUUUAGCUGCUCUCAUUUACUCAACUAUUACAAGCGUCACGAAAAUGCUUGACAACAGAGAUCAACAUACUCUUGAAAACCUCCGUGCUGAAAGACAGGCUAAGAUUGAUGAGUUGAAGGAGAGAACGAAUUACUACACUACUCAACAACUUAUACAGAGAUAUGAUCUUGAUCCUGCUGCAAAAGCUGCUGCAGCAACUGUUUUGGCAUCUAAACUGGGUGCUGAUUCUGGAUUGAGAGUCUUCUUGGGAGAUGAGUCGAAUAGGGAUGCAACAUUGAGUAAAAGUAAUGAUGCCCAAACUACUGGACCGAGGCAAAGAAAACCAGGACACUUGAGCAACAGCACUGGAAGGACAUACGGCCCUGAGUCAUUAGGCGGUUCAUAUGCCUAUGAUGGUAAUGAAGGUGUCACCACUCCAAAUCAGAGGACUGUUGACCACUUCAGAGGUCCAGCUGGUAAUGAUGGGGGAUGGCUCGCACGAGCAGCUGCUCUGCUUGUAGGGGAAGAUCCAACUCAGUGCUAUGCGUUAAUAUGUGGCAACUGCCAUAUGCAUAAUGGUCUUGCAAGGAAAGAGGACUUUGCAUUCAUUACAUAUUACUGCCCGCACUGUAAUGCCCUCAAUGGACCACGGCAGCAUGAUGAGCAUGAAAUGGUAUCUCCUGGUAAGGAGACUCCUAUUUCUCAUUCCGAUGGCAGCAUUGGCCACGCCGGUGCAAACCUUGCAAACUCAGGUGCCGGCAGCCCUAUCGUGAAAGACUUACCCACGGUUGAAGAAUUACCUGCGGAAAGUUCUGUUGCUACUAACUUACCAUCUGCCGAAGAACUACCUGCAGAAAGUCCUAUUGCCAACAACUUACCAGCAGUUGAAGAAUUAGCUGCAGAGAGUCCUGUUGCCAGUAGCACACCUGCUAUUGAAGAACUACCUGCAGAAGGUACCGUGGAGAAGGCAAGUAUUGAUCAUCCUGCCAGUUGAUCUUUUGUAAAGUAACUGCAUAUGUAUUUGUUCAUGGAGGGCUUUUAAAUGGCUCACGGUGGUUUUAUAGUUUGCUGCA